GGCAACACGACUACGUUUGCGCGCGCAGGAGAACACCGCAGAAUCUUCAUACGUUCACGAAUACCAAGAGGACAACGACACGACUGACGUUCUCAACCGAGCUGUCCGCAACGCCGGACGAGCUCAUUCACCCAGUCCAGCGCCCAAUAUCGACACCAAGACCAGCCUGACCACAGGCAAACAACCUAUCUCUACCCUCACGGCCUUUACGACGUUACGACUUUCUGGUUCCACCGUUUAUUGCUAGUUUUUGUCGCGCGUUUUUUGGUUUCAGUCCCUGCAUUAUCACUGCUUUGAACUCUGUGGUCUGCCCGUUACACAUUCAUACCUGCGUCAUCACUUCGAACCACUGGAGAACACCCUCGGGACACGACCACGACCAUGUCAGACCAAGGGCUUUCAGCUCCUGGGAGCAGCGUCUACUCGUCCGACUCCAUGUAUGUUGGCGACGGAACAUGGGAUUCGCAGCGCAACACUUUCCUGCUGCCCAACUUGAUGGGUGUCAACUUCGACACCAUGCGCUACAAUGGCAUGGGCAAUCGCUUUCGCAAUAUGGUCGGCUACAAGCCUCUCAUCACCGCUCAUGGUAUUCUCGCUGCCAUCACUUUCCUCUUCGUCGUACCCGGAGCAAUCUUCAUGGCCCGAUUUCACCACCGAAACCCGCGGCUUGCACUGCGCGUACACAUCUGGCUCCAGAUUAUGACGUUGCUUCUUGCUACUGCGCUUAUCGUGCUGGGCUUCCAAGCUGUUGGGCUUGAGAGGUCAUUGACCAACCCACAUCACGGCAUUGGCGUAGCUUUGUACACUCUUGUUGUUGUACAGGUUCUGGGAGGGUCUAUCAUACACCGCCUAGAGAAAGGCAAGGAGCGCUUCAAGGUGCCGCUCAAGCUUAUUCUACAUCAAUGGAUUGGUCGCGUCGUGCUGCUUCUGGGUAUCGCGCAGAUCCCGCUUGGACUGACACUAUAUGGCUCACCCAAGGUAUUGUUCAUUCUGUUUGCAGUUUGGGCAUUCUUGCUUUUGGUUGUUUAUUUCGUGCUUUCAUACAGGAAUCAGCCUGAGAUGGGCUUCGAUGACAACACAACGUACAUCACUGAUCGCACUGCAAGCACCAGAAGCCGAAGGAGUCGUGGUGGUCGCGGUCUUGGAGCUUUGGCGACAGCGGGUGCAGCUGGUGCUGGGCUUGCUGCCUUGGCGUCCAGGAACAGAUCACACAGUCGCAGCCGCAGCAGACGCCGUGGAGACGAAACAACUGUGUUGAGCUCUCGCCCUGAUUCACGUUCACGGGUCACCGAGUCACGAUUUACCGAAUCCUACUUGAGCGAUGAGAAGUACAACGACAAGCGCAAAGGUUCUACUUGGCGAGAUCGCUUUCUUGGUGCUGGAGCUGCCGCAGGAGGAAUUUUUGCCUUCAAGUCCCUAUUCGGCAAGAAGAAGGACAAGCGUGCUUACACUGAAACGUCGACUGGCAGUGAUGUCAGUUAUGGUCGCCCAUUAGGUCAAUCUGAGGUCACUCAGACAGAUUUGAGCCGUCUUGAGGAAGGAAGAGCUCCAGACUCACCAGCAAGGAACCAAGACUGGCGUCGUGUCGAAGAAAGAGAAGCCGCUCAAGCAGCUGCCAUGGGCGCAAGUCCAUUGCGAGCUGGUCAUCGUCCAGCAAGAAGUGGUGGAUCCAUCGACUCAUUCGACAGCCGUACAAGCUUUAACGAUCACCACGAUUCCCGCCCUCUCAGAGAAGAAUCAUCAUAUGGAGUCAAAGAUGGGAUCAUGACCCUUGGAGCCAUUGGAUUCCUCAAGCACACAUGGAACAAACGCCAAAACAGGAAAGAAGAAGCACGAAUUGAGGAGUUGAGGCAACAAGACAUCGAGGAAGAGAAGAUCGCCCGAGCAAACAGUAACCGCCGAAGAUUCACUGGUGACGGCGCGGCACCUCGCAGGCACAACGGACCACCAUCAACAAUUUAUUCUGAAACCGAGAUUUCGGGCAUGACACCUUCUGUGGCAAGGCCGAACGUUGCUCCACCACCUAUGACUUCGUCUGCUGGCCCCUCUGUCCUACGUCCAGCUGAUAACACCGUUCUUUCUGAUUCUGGGUCUGAGGCGUAUAUUUCUCCUGGUGGCCGUUCCCAUCGUCGCCAUCGCCAAUCUGCAGGCGCCGCAGCUCUCGCUGGUGGAGCAGCAGCAGCCUCUUCUGGAUCACCUUCAAGAAGGAGGAACAGUCGGGACGAAAGCGUUGCCUCCCCUCCAGUGUCUGUCAAAGUCAAGAUGCACAACGAUGGCCGACAUGUAACACUUCGACGCUUGAACGAAGAGGAGGCAGCAGCAGAACGAGAUGCUAGGAGGCGAGAACGACAGCGCAGAAACCGCAACGGGAGCAUGUCUUCCCUGAGUCAACUCGACGGAGACCGAUGGCGAAGAACGGAAGCUCUUGAGGCACAACAAGCGCAAGAAAUGGCACAAUCACAAGCAGCUCCACCACCCACAUCGCAACCUGGAGCGCCUCUGCAAAUGCCAGAGCCUUACAUCCCUCCCCCUCCUCCGGGUCCACCUCCAAACUUUGGUGGAACAGCUCAGAGGCCACCAGCGCAUAUCAGUCUUCCCCCUCCUCCACCAAUCCCAGCGGCGGACCCUAGCAUCUUGAGCAGUCCUCACGGCACCCAGAUAUAUGGAACAGAGACGGACGUCAGCAACUACGACUCAAACAGAAGGCGGAGAAGGGCCGAGAGGGCCCAAGCGAAACAAGCUAGGCUGGGCGGGAGCCGUGUGGAGUUCUCUUGAAGAUGAUAUUGAUGUUGAUGCUAGAGCCAGAGCGUUGCAUGGAGGCUGAAUUUGCAUUUCCAAGCGUAAUCCUUUAUAAGUGUUUUAUCCAGGUGGACCAUUAGUAUGGAAAUUUUCCCAUUGUAGAUACUUUCAGCAUGGU